CUUCCUGCUCUUCACUUCCUUGCAUGUCAAUGUCAAAUCCGCCAAAAUAAGUUAUUUCACAAGCGUGUUUUGCAGAAAAAUUUAUACUUUCGCAUUCGUUGUAGUUUUAUCCUGAAAACGCUUUGCUUGUAAUGCGCGCAUUGUUUUUACCUUCAAAGUAUUAAAAGUUUGGCUUUGCGAUCGGCUCUCUCUUACCUUUGAGGUUAUUAAUUUCAUUCAAAUCAGUGCGUCAUGACCAAGGCACAAAUCUACCAGCCGCUCAAGAAUGAGCGACCUCAACACAAGAAAGCUUCUUCCAUCAAGCACAAGCGAUCUCGUCGGCGUAGAAAAGUGGGACUGGCCGACCGGAGGGCGUCUCUCAAGGCAGACGCGCUGCAGUCCACCAUUGGCGACUUCGGCCGGUGGCAGAUGGGCAUUGCUCUGGCCGUGGCCAUGUCCGGGCUGCCCGGCGCCUGGUUCAAGAUCGGCAUCGUCUUCCUCGCGCCGCCCGUUGACUUCUGGUGCACCAGUCCGCUGCCCGCCGACCACAAUGCCACAGCACGAUACAAGUGCACUGUUCCCGGGCCGGGCGAGGACGGGGCCACUGUCCCAUGUGAGUCCUGGGAGUACGACAGGAGUGUCUUCACGGAGACCAUCAUCACAGAGUGGGACCUCGUGUGCCAUCGCGCCCAGCUCGCCAACGUGGUGCAGAUGCUCUUCAUGUUCGGCUUCCUGGUGGGCUGCACCGUGGGAGGGGUGGUGGCCGACAAGUACGGGCGCAAGCCGCCGCUGCUGUGGGGCUCCGUGCUCAUGCUGCUGGCCGGGGUGGGCUGCGCCCUGGUGCCCUGGUUCUGCGCCUAUCUGGCGCUCCGCUUCCUCAGCGCCGUGGCCGUGGGCGCCAUCACCGUCACCGGCUUCGUCCUCACGAUCGAGAUAAUCGGCGGUCGCUGGAGGACGCCCGUGAACGCCCUCAGCGGGCUGCCCUUCAGCGUGGGCCACUGCAUGCUGGCGGGGCUCGCCUACCUGAUGCGCGACUGGCACCACCUGCAGCUGGCCGUCAGCAUCCCAGUCGUGCUCCAGCUCUCGUACGUCUGGCUGGUGCCCGAGUCGCCGCGCUGGCUGAUCGCCGUGGGCCGCGAGCACGAGGCCGUCGAGGUGCUCAAGAAGGGCGCGAGCGCCAACCGCAUCCCGGUGGCCGACUGGGACAAGGUGCUGGCCGCCUGCAGGGAGGGUCAGCAGAAGGGCGGCGACGAGCAGGAGCAGUCGGCGGGCUUCCUCGCGCUGUUCCGCACGCCCGUGAUGCGGCGGUGCACGCUCGUCAUGUACGCCAACUGGGCGGCGUGCGGCCUCGUGUUCUACGGGCUGGUGCAGUACAUGGGCCAGGUGGCCGGCAACAUCUUCCUCAACGGCUUCCUGUCGGGCGUGCUCGAGAUGCCCGGCAUGGUCAUCUGCUGCGUGUCGCUCAUCCGCUGGGGCCGGCGCAAGACGCUGCUCGCCGCGCAGGUCUGCACGGGCGUGUCCUGCCUGUCCAUCAUGCUGGUGCCGCUGCUCGGCCUGCCCGACUGGGUGACGGUCGCCCUCGCCUCGUGCGGGGUCACCGGCAUGUCCGUGGCGUUCCCCUGCGUGUACAUUUACGCCGCGGAGCUCUUCCCCACCGUGGUCCGUAACAUUGGCGUGGGCUCGGCGUCCACCAUCGCCCGCGUGGGCUCCAUGAUGGCCCCCUUCGUCGCCACGCUCAACUCCGUGUCGCUGUGCCUGCCGCCGCUCUUCUUCGGCCUGGUGCCGCUCGCCGCCGGCUUGCUGGUCUACAUGCUCCCCGAGACGCUGCACAGGGAGCUGCCCGAUACGAUAGCCGAAGUGGAGAACUGGGAAAAUAGUGCUGUGAUGAAAACCAAGGAUAAUGCUCCGGCUGUGGUGGGAGAAGAGAACCCUACUUUUACUACAGAGUCUUCGUGAUUUUCAUCCUAUUCCAGCUUUUGUCAACCAUUUGUAAAGUACCAUGUGACAUUCUUGUAAAUUUAUGAGGUCGAAUGUGUUUUUUGAAAACAAAAGGUGAGGUAGGGAUGAUGUAUUGACUGUGAUACUUGUAAAUCUCUACUUGUUAUAUAUUUCUUUAAUUUUAUACCUAUUAUUUUAAGAGUUCAUUAUUUUUAGGCAGACAGUAAAAUUCAUAAGUAUUUUAUAAUGUACCACUACUGUAUCAUAUUCAGGGUACAAAACUGUUUGGCUUCUCUCUGCUUGUUUUAUUUUUGUUUUGUUUUAUAUUACUUACUGAAACUAAACUUCAUUUCUAUGAAUUUUGAUCUAAAGCUCUAUAGGCUCCAGUUUCAUUUGAGAAUAUAAUGAAUCUAUUAUUUUUCAUAGAUGAAGGUAUUUCAAAUUAACUCUCAUCAAAUCAUACAAGUCCUCAUGUUUUUUAUUGUCUUUGGAAUGGAAUGAUUGCUUUUUAAGGUACAGCACAUUACUCUCAGAUCUUGGCACUGAUUCUAAAUAUCAUCACAGAUUUCAGAUGGAAAAAUGAUUUCUGCCUCUAGAGAAUUCCUGUCAGAUGUCUUUCCUUUAUGCAUAUGACAUCCAUUGCCUUUAUAGCAGAUUGAGCCGAGGCCCAAGAUACUGAACAGAUAUUUAUGAACACGUUCAUUUUUGAAAGUGUAUGAGGAUUCUGUAAAUGUAAACAAACGGUGCAGUUGAGAAAAAACAGUAACAUUUUUAUGUAAAGUAGGUACAUUAAAUGUAAAAAUUGUGAUUGAUAAAUUCAGCUUUACCUUAGAUAUUUUGAAGCAUUUCCUUGAAAAGUAUUGAACCACAGUUUCAUAACAAUCCAAUUUUGGGUAUGUGAGCUUGCUUUCUGAUUGGAGUAGAUAAGCAGCUCUUUCAUGAUCUCCUUGUGCGAUUUCAGAUGCAAUGUCUAACACAGUUACAUCUAAAUGACGCCGCAUCUAAGUAAAAAUGUAAAAAUGAUUGCAAGGAGGGAAAAAAUAUAUCUCUAUUAAAAAGAUUGUAAAUUUAAUUACUGACUCUA